GUGGGUUAGAGUUUAUAAUUCAAGUGAACAUAUAUGCUAUUUUGAAAAAUAAACGUGAAAUGAAAUCGUAUAAUUAAUUAUUUUUUUAUAUGUUAUAUUCCUAUAUAAAUAAUACUUAUUUCUUACAAUGGAAAUACAAUUUGGUCCAAAUGCUAUCGAUGAGCCGAGUUUGCUCUACAAGCUGCAGCGCAAAAUCAAAGUGUUUAAUACCAAUAAUCCUUUGCCAAAUCGUGGAUAUAACUUAGUAGCUUGCACUAGUAGAUAUGGCAUAGUAUUUGUAGCUUCACCCAAUGCCAUAUUAUCGGUAUAUUAUCUACGAGAAUUGAUUGACAAGGAAUGUGAGCCUCAGCAUUUAUCCGUUAAUCUUCAAAUAGAGCCUAGCCAUAUUGCUGUAAACUGUAAUCAAGAAUGGUUAGCUGUUAUCGGUGGGCAAUCUCUACAUGUUUAUAAAUGCAUGGACUUCCAUAAUGCAGAUAUACGGCCAUCUGUGUCAAUUAAAUGUGAGGUACAUCCAUCAACAUUUGUGUCAGCAUUACAAUGGAAUCCAUGCAUCCCAGAUACUUUAGGGAUUAUAUACUUUGAUGGCACCUUGCUCAUAAGUCAAGUCAGCACUAUGCAAGUGAAGAAAAUACAAUCAAAUGCAAGAUGUUUAUGUUGGAGUCCUAAAGGCAAACAGCUUGUAACUGGCAACAAUGAUGGCACACUCACUCAAUAUAAACCAGACUUGUCUCCUAUGAAAAUGGUUCCAACUCCGAAAUUGUUUGAAGGAAGUCCCGUUGAAGCUUUAGCUAUUUACUGGAUCUCUACUUACCAGUUUGCUGUAGCGUAUCGAAAUUCAUCUGAUAGUAGUCGUCCAGCUGUGACAAUAGUAAACACUCCAAAAGGUGGUUUGCCCUCCUGUUAUAACUAUGAUGAUGUUUGCUACAGCAUGGGCUCCAAUAGACCGUGGUAUUAUUAUCUACAAGGACUCGCCCAAUGGAAUAUAAUUAUUUCAUCAUCGUCAAAUAGCAUGGAGAUAGCGACACUAUCAACGACAGAUGGGUCGAAUUGGAUUCAAUGGUGUCAGACUGAUGAAGCAAGACCUGAAUUACCGUUGACCGAUAAAAGACAAGAAAACUACCCCGUCGGUAUUUGUAUUGAUACAGCUGCUGUUCAUCAGUUACCUUGGGGAGAAAACGAAACUCUUCCACCGAUGCCUCUACUCCACGUGGUAUCUCAAACUGGACUAUUGUCUAUUUUCAAUAUUGUGAAUCUAAACAAAUCGGCACCUCAAAUAUGUACGCCGACUCAACCUAUUGCCUUACCAGCGGCUGCUUUAACAAGAAACAUUCCUGAUGACGUGCCGUCGCAGCCUGAACCGCCACCAGUCGUCGCUCAACCAAAGCAACAGAUUAUACAACAGCAACCAUUGAUGCAAUCACAGCCAGUUAUACAACAGCAGCCCGUUGUACAAUCGCAACCAAUUAUACAACCGCAACCGAUAAUACCGGAACCUCAAAAACAACAGACUGUUAUUGCACCCGUGAAGGCUAUACCACAGCAACAAAGUAGCCCAUCGUUCGUACCAGCAGCCAGCAUACAAAUGACUAAAGAACCAACACCGCCUGCUGUUGCUGAACCCCCCAUCUCUGUGCCUCAACCAAAGCCAAACGUUCAAGUGCCGAAACCUCAAGCCGUUCCAUCGCCUGAAGUAAGUGCCGCUCUGAAAUCAGAACAGGAAAGAAUAAACAAAGCGAAAGCGAACCAGGAACUGAAGAAUAUGCUCAUCAAAGAAGUGAACGACUUUCAAUUGGAGUUGUACAAUUUUAUGAAAGUCACACAAGAGAACCGAGAAAAGUUUACACGAGACAUUCAGUCAAUAAACUUGGACGUGGAAAUGAACAUGAACACGGAGACGUUGAGAAAAGAGUGUGACAUAGAAGAUCUACGUGAUAACGUAACGCAGCUCAAGAUGGAACUUGUGCGCGCAUGCGCAGUGGUCGCCGAGUCGAGGACGCAGGCCGAAGCGAAAGAACACCAAGAAUGGUCUCAAAUGGAUCCACUGACGGCAAAACGAAUAGCAUCUGUAAAGAAACUCUCCUACUACGUCCAAAAUCAGCUAGAUCAAGCACUUAAAGCGCUUGAUCACAAAUGGAACGAAAAUGAUGCAAAAGAUCAGUUUUGCAAACCUGGAGAACGAAUGAUUCGUCCCAUAUUAGAUGACGUAUACCAGCCUCUAGUGAAACAGCAGGAAAUACUGUGUCGUCAGCAAGCUGAACUGAAAGCUUUAAGAAAAACAAUGAACGAAUGUAAUUUUACACCAAUGUUCAAUUCGACGUCACUCUUACGAAGCACGCCUUUUAAAAACAAAGACCCUCUAUCGAAACUCACCAAAAAUAUUCUAAAUAUGAGUAUUGUACCUCAAAACAAAGCAAAGGAACAAUUACUUAAUUCCCAGAAGUUAGACGCACUUCGUGACGUUUUAUCAAACCAUAAACCAAUCAAAAUUAAACCGGUCAACCUGGAAAUAACACAACACCUGGAAACCCUGAAACAGAGGUACGCAAAGAGUAUUAAAGAGAAAGAAGAAAAUAAACUACAACAGGUACCAGUAAAAAUUGAACCCGUAGAAGAAUUCGUAGCCCAAAAAGAUAUCAAAAAAGGAGAAUCGUUGGAAAUAAAUCCUAAACCACUAUUUCCGUCGUUCCCUCAAAUGCCGAUGAAAACAGAGCAGGAGCAAAAACCUUUUGCUCCUGCUCUUAAUACACAAAACUUCACUCAGAAGUUAACAAACGUGCAGCCAAUGAAAAGCGAAAGUAAUAUAUUCAUGUCUCAAAAGAUCGGAGCUCCUACUGCUUUCGCUUAUGCACAAUCAACGACAUUGGAGACCAAACCUGAUAUAGUAAAAGAAUCGCCCAUUAUUACACCAUCGUACACGCCAUCGACUAAUUUGAAACCCGUUAAAGCUGCUAGUGUUGCCAGGACAUUGUUUACUGAUACUGAUUCAAAAGAAAAACCAUCCGAAUCACCUUUUUCGAAGCCUCCUAGUCAAGUAAUUGAACAAGCACCAGUUUCACAACCAAAAGUGACGCCUGUGACUCCAGAUACAAAAAGUUUACUAAGAAAAAUGAUACUCAAAAAUGGCGCAGGCUCUGCAGAAAGUACGCUGCAACCCGCUGAACCAAAGAACGAUGCUAAUACCUUUAUGGGCCAAAAUAUUUGUUCGCCUACUACGUUCAGCUUUUCAAAACCACCGACUGCCGCUGCGCCAGCAACUGUAUUCGCUUCAAAGCCCACUAACAUAUUCACCAAGAUUCAAAGUCCAACAUCCGAAGCCACUGUUUCUUCACCCGUUAAUCCAAAAUCUGAUGAAACAGGUGAACCAGAAGCUAACACAGCUUCAUCAAAAGUUGAUAAAACGAAAGAAGAGAAACCAAUAACCAAUAUGUUCAGUUUGAAAUCACCGUUGGUCAGUAAAAAUCAAAACGUGCCCGAUGUUUUGAAGAGCAGCAGCCAAGGAUUUGCAUUUGGUAAAACUGAAACGAAAGGUGUCGCUAAGUUAGCCGAAGACAAGUCUAAGGAAAAUGUUCCAGAAAAACCUAAAGAAAACAUUCAGCAAAAACCGGUACCUGAAAAUAAAAACAACAAUGAACUGACACCCAAUCUAGCCGCAAUGACUAGCAAAACUCCAGCACAGUCUGUUAUAAUAGUUGACCUCAAGAAGCCUGCUGCUGAAGCUAAAGUGGAAAAAGUUUCACUAUCAAUUUUUGCCGGGACCACAGUCUCACCUCCUCCUACAGUUUCUAAACCGUCAAUUGAACCUGUUUCACCUGUGACUGAACAGGCCUCUGUAUUUAGUACAUCAGUAUCAUCUUCAUCCGCAGAAAACUUAUCAAAACAAGUUACAAUAACUACCACAGCGUCUAAGCCGUCUGUGUUCGGACAAGCUGUCGACCAAUCAUCAAAUAUUAUACCUUCAAGUACACCGCCACCUAAGGCAUUAGAAAUAAAAGAAAUUAAAGAUGACUCCCAAAUAGAAACAAACGCAAGUCUAUCAGAUAAUGCUGUGAAGAAUGUGACAGAUGAUGUUUUCAGUGCAGCGUCUCCAGAAACUGCAUUUAGUUCUACAUCCACAACAUUAACUACAAUUACAACAACAAGUGAAUCCAAACCAAUAGUGUUUAGUACGCCCGUGACAACUACGUCUGCGUCUAUGUUUUCAAGCACGCCACAGUCCUUUACGUCGCAGCCACCAGCGUUUGCGUCUAACGCGUCUUCAGUUUUCGCAUCAGCUUCCGCCGCUGCAUUCGGUCCUCAAACCACUCAAGCCUCUAUAUUUGGUACAGCAACAUCACCAUCGAAUAUAUUCGGUUCUACGACGUCUUCGUCUAUAUUCGGUGGUUCUUCUUCCGCGCAAAGCUUAUUUAGUGCUGCAGCUUCGAAAUCUGUAUUCGGUGCCACUCCAGCGGCGACUACACAAAGCAUAUUUGGUACAUCACCGACCAUUACUCAAGCAUCUGUGUUUGGAACAAACCAAUCUGUAUUUGGAACGUCACCUACGGCGAGUCCAGGUUUUGGGACCCCGUCGACUCAGGCUUCUAUAUUCGGAACUCCUCCACCAGCGACACAGACUUCUGUGUUCGGAACUCCGACGCAAACAACACAAGCGUCGGUAUUUGGAACACCGACGGCGGUCACUCAAGCGUCCAUAUUCGGAACACCUACUACUACAGCUCAAAGCGGAUCCCUGUUUGGCAACGCUGAGUCUAAUUUGUUUGCAAGUGCAAGUAUAUCGACUACUAGUGCUCCUUCUCAGACGAGUGGAGGAAAUAUAUUUGGAUCCUCAUCGAAUUCAGUAUUUGGAAGCAGUACUGCCAACGUUUUUGGUAGUAAACAAGGUUUCACUGGCUCGAAUCCUACCGCGGCCAGCAUUUUUAGCGGAGGUGGAGCAGCCUUCGGUCAAAAGCCGGCCACUGACUUUUGGAGCGGCGGCAAUACGAGCGCAUUCGGAUCUCCCGGUUUUGGUCAACAACAACCAACGACCCAAGCUUCUUCAAUAUUUGGAACUUCAGGCGGUAGCUUUAGUGCUACCUCCGCUCAGCCAUUUGGUAGUCCGGGACCGUUUAGCGGUGGUGAAGCUAAAUCAGUGUUCGGAUCUCCUCCCCAACAACAAACGGCGCCGGGAGCGUUUGGAGGAUCACCUGUAUUUGGAACAAAACCAAUGUUUGGGGGACAACCCAGUUUUGGUUCUCCGGCGUUUGGUGGUUUCAACAAGAGUCCAAGUAGUGGAUUUGGCGCACCAGCCUCAUUCGGCGGCACCGGCUUCGGCGGAUCUCCCUUCGGAAAUACAUCACCGAGUAAAGGCUUCGGGAAUUCUUCACCUAACUUCGGGUCACCUACACAAUCGAACGCCACCUUCGAGAGUCUAGCGACCCAGAACACGCUGACGUUCGGCAACCUGGCGCAGCAGUCGGGGCAGCCGCCGCAACCCGCACCCACCUUCAACCCAUCGCCAUCGUUCACGGGUUGGCGGGGCUGAUGAUCGUAUUACAAGGAACGUGCUGCGAAAAAACAGCGAUAAAUGGACUUUCGAAUGGAAAUAAAACAGUUGAAAUUGUUUAAAACAAAUUAUAAGAUAUUUGAUAUUAGCAAAACCGUAAGAUGAUUCGAAAUUUAAACUGCGUAACUUAUUUUAUGUAAAAAAAAAAAACCUUUAAAACAAGAUCUUAUUCAAUGUG